CAGGAAUUUGCGGACAGUCACUGCGGGCUCCUUGAGUUGAGUGGUGCUCCUGGAUACGCCACAUUUUUUACCUUGUAAAUAAACAACCCUUUCGGCCAUGUCAGACGACGAAGAAGUUUACUCCGAAGAAGAGGAGGAAGAAGAAGUCGUUGAAACGACAACUACCACAACAUCUAAAGUCGAGGAACAAUCGAGCGGCGAUCCAGAAUUCAUUAAGAAACAAGACCAAAAGAGGUCCGACCUUGAUGAGCAGCUACGUGAAUACAUCAACGAAUGGCGCAAACAACGUGCCAAGGAAGAGGACGAACUCAAAAGGCUGAAGGAAAAGCAAGCCAAGCGUAAGGUCACUCGGGCAGAGGAAGAAAGAAAAAUGGCUGAGCGCAAGAAGGCUGAGGAAGAACGGCGACUCCGCGAGAUUGAAGAAAAGAAACAAAAGGACAUUGAAGAGAAAAGACAGCGUCUCGAGGAAGCCGAGAAGAAACGCCAAGCAAUGAUGCAAGCCAUGAACGCCACCAAGAAAGGACCCAACUUCACCGUUACCAAGAGGGACGCCUCUGCCGCUAACCUCUCCCCCUCCCAAAUCGAAAGGAACAAGACUAAGGAACAACUUGAGGAGGAGAAGAAAAUCGCCCUUUCUAUUCGCAUCAAACCUCUGAGCAUCGACGGACUGAGCGUGGACAAACUUAGAGAAAAGGCUCAGGAGUUGUGGGCCCAGAUUGUCAAGCUUGAGACUGAAAAGUAUGACUUGGAAGAAAGGCAGAAACGGCAAGACUACGAUCUUAAAGAACUGAAGGAGAGGCAGAAGCAGCAGCUGAGGCACAAGGCCUUAAAGAAAGGUCUGGACCCAGAAGCUCUUACCGGCAAAUACCCACCUAAAAUUCAAGUCGCUUCCAAAUACGAGAGACGUGUGGACACCAGAUCGUAUGGAGACAAGAAGAAGUUGUUCGAAGGUGGAUACGAGGAGACCGUAAAAGAAACCAAUGAAAAGAUCUGGAAAGAAAGGAGCGGCCAAUUCGAAACCAGACAAAAAACCCGACUGCCCAAGUGGUUCGGGGAACGUCCUGGCAAAAAGGUCGGUGAUCCGGAGACCCCCGAAGGAGAGGAACAGCAACAGGUAGAAGAGGACAUCAAACAACCCAUCUACGAACCCGAACCGGAAGAAGAGGAAGAAGAGGAGGAAGUAGAGGAGGAAGAAGAAGAGGAGGAUGAGGAAGAAGAGGAAUAAGAGGUGUGCUGUUUGAGGUUACGCAGGUUGCAAUUACGGUUAUAUAAUAUAUUUAUAAUAAUAACGUCAAUCUAAUUUAGGAAACACUCCAUCCUGUAACUUUUUGGUUCCGACAAAGUAAUGUUAUGCUUUUAAUCCGAUGUUAAAUUGAAAACAAUAAAGUUAUACUUGUAAUCGUACGUUAUUCCUAUUGGUUUUAUUUAUUUUUUAUCUGUAUAUGUUUAGGAUUAAGUUCAGUCAUAAAAAUGUUAAAUAAAAUAUAUAAAUCCGGUAAA